AUGUAUUCUCUUCUAGUGAAUCCAGUCAAAGAAGAUAUCCGCAUUACCGUUUUACUUCAGUGCUUUUUUGCAUUAAGAAUAAAGGAAGCAAUGAAACGAAAAGAUGAGAAGACCAAUCAAAUGCGUGGCCAGUUUGAAAGGGAAUUGGAAAAACAAGUAACCGAGUUGGACCAGGCCAACCGACGAGUGGAACAUUUGGAAGAACUAUUGGACCAGCAAAGAAAACAACUCCUUCAAAGUUUGCGUUAG